AUGCGGAGCAGGCAUGCGGAGCUCGAGGUGGAGCGCGAGGCUGCCCUCAAAGCGCAAGCAGCGGCGGAGCAACUUCAGCAAGAAGUUCAGCGACUUCAAGCAGAAGCUGCGGAGGCACAGUCAAAAUUGGCCGACAGCGAGGCGCAACGUGCAACUGCCGCCCAAGAUGCCGCUGGCUCUGCGGAGCUGCAGGAGGAGGUGAACCGUUUGAAGUCCGAGAUCGCCCAGGUGCCAGAAUUGCAAGCAGCCGCCGAGAAGCUGCAGCUGGAAGUCGAGAGACUCACGGCUGAAGCAGUGGAGGUGCCAGCAUUGAAGGUGCAGAUCGCCGAGGCGGAGGCACAGCGGGCAGCUGCCUUGCAAGAUGCUGCGGGCAUGGCCGAGCUUCAGCAGCAGUUGGAACGGCUUCGGUCCGAAGCUUCGGAGGCCGACGGACGGGAAUCUGACGGGAGAGCGUGCCCCCUUUGGUCAGCAGGCGCCCAUGUCAUGUUCACGGCAUCCGCUGCUCCGCUGGGCAGGUGCCCCAUCGGCGGUCCAGGCUUGCGCAGCUCGAGGUAG